CUUGUCUUAUCCUCCUUCUCUUUUGGCUUCGCUUCCCUCCUUCUUUUCUUUCCUUCUCUUUCUUUCUCGUUUGGCCGCUGAUACAUCUCGAAACCGGAUCGGAACUCACGAUCCGUGGUGAACCACGCGACGUCCAGUGCACGUCGCCCUGGAAACAGAGGGACGCUGCUGCUUCGGAGCAAAAGAGGAACCGGGAUCACGAUUCGAAUCCGUAGAGAGAUCGCUCAACGGACCGUCAUGAUAUGACACUCGAUUGAGAGAAAGAGCGUGCAACCGACGAGCAACCUAGUCCAUCGCCCAGUCAUCCCGGUCUAGCAGCCACCAUGAGGAAGUUUCUGCUACAGUUUUUGGUGGUGCUAUUGUUGGGUGUCAAUGCCAGGCGAACGGACGCGGACGGGAACGGGGACGGCCACCCGCCUGCAGACGAUGUCUACGUCGGUCAGCGUCGCGGCUCCCCUCACAAGUCUUCUAAUUACAACAACGGGAACGGCGAUUACAGCUCUCAAUCGAACUCUCCGUAUCUGCCGUAUCAACCGCCCAGGGAGAGGAAGCCGAACAUAGUUCUGAUCCUGACGGACGAUCAGGACGUGGAACUCGGUUCGCUGAACUUCAUGCCCCGGACCUUAAGGCGAAUAAGGGACGAGGGAGCCGAGCUGAGACACGCAUACGUGACCACUCCUAUGUGUUGUCCGAGUAGGAGCUCCUUGCUGACCGGCCGUUACGUUCACAAUCACGAGGUCUUCACGAACAACGACAACUGCAGCAGCCCUCAAUGGCAACGAGAUCACGAGCCUCAUUCCUUCGCCGCUUACCUGAGCAACGCGGGAUAUCGUACCGGGUAUUUCGGCAAGUAUUUGAACAAGUACAACGGGUCGUACAUUCCGCCCGGUUGGCGGGAAUGGGGCGGACUCAUAAUGAAUUCGCGCUACUACAACUACAGCGUGAACAUGAACGGCAAGAAGAUAAAGCACGGUUUCGAGUAUACCAAGGACUACUACCCGGACCUGAUAGCGAACGACAGCGUGACUUUUCUACGCCAGAGUAAACACAAUUUCGCACGAAAGCCGGUGAUGCUGGUUGCCAGUUUCCCGGCUCCGCACGGACCGGAAGAUUCGGCGCCGCAGUUUUCCAAUCUCUUCUUCAACGUCACCACUCAUCAUACUCCCGCCUACGACUACGCUCCGAAUCCUGACAAGCAAUGGAUUCUACAGGUGACGCAGAAAAUGCAACCCAUUCAUAAACAGUUUACGGAUCUCCUGAUGACCAAAAGGCUUCAGACGUUACAGAGCGUCGACGCAGCAGUGGACAGGAUUUACCAGGAACUGAAAGACUUAGGGGAAUUGGACAACACGUACAUCAUUUACACGUCCGACCACGGUUAUCAUCUAGGACAAUUUGGCCUGAUCAAAGGGAAAAGUUUCCCGUUCGAAUUCGACGUACGGGUACCGUUCCUGAUCAGAGGACCCGGGAUCGAACCCGGCACUAUAGUAGACGACAUAGUUUUGAACAUUGACUUGGCGCCGACGUUCCUGGACAUAGCUGGCGUCGAGACGCCGCCGCAGAUGGACGGUCGUUCUUUCAAGAAACUUUUUCAGAAUAAACAUGGGAGGAGAUCGAAGUUUAAGUGGCCGGACACGUUCCUGAUCGAAUCUUCCGGUCGUCGAGAGACUCCCGAGUCGAUCGCAGAAUCGAAAGCACGAGAAGCCCGAAAACAAAAUCAGACGUUGGUUAAACAGUCCGCGAACGGCACACCAGAAGCGGACGAAGAGAAUCAGGACACGGAACAUGAACCCGAACCAGAGCGUCGAUUCUUCGAAAACGACACGGGUAGCGAUCAGGAUAUUUCCGAAGACGAGGACUUCGAUGAUUCCAUUAUCGAUGAAUCGAACUCUGAUCCGCAUUUGGAUAACGGCGUUCAUUCUGUUCACUCGUCGUUCUCGACGAAACAUGAAAGAUUGGCCGUCGAGUGUUCGAGACCGGAAGCUCAGGCGAGCUGUGUUCCGGGUCAGAAAUGGCGUUGCGAAAGAGACGGUCACCGAUGGAGGAGGCACAAGUGUAAAUACGCGGCACCUCCGGCAAGGAUAUCGAAGAAAUGUGCAUGUUUUACGCCAAAUGGUGUCGUAUACACCAGAUUGGAGUCUAGCGAUUACGAUGGACAUCGAUAUGGAUUUGGCAGGGAUAGGAGAGGACCGUCUGAUGUAUACACCGAUAUGGCCAGAUACUUCGCAAGAAGAGGUAAACGAGACGUGGAAGCCAUAGCCAACGAAAAUGCUAGUCAAGAUUUAGAUAGGAACGAUGACUGCCAUGAAUACUAUAAUGAUGGUGACCGAGACCGACGUGCCAUUGACGAAGAAGAUGACGAAGACUUCUUCCAAGAAUUACUUAGUCUCACGGACGAUGUCAAAAGAGAUUACGUUGACUUGAUCUCUAGGUACGAGUUCGAUAACAAUCGUACAUCGGACGACGAGGCACUUAAAUUUGACGAUUUGAACGAAUUGAAAUACUCAAUCGACGACUUUGAUACCAGCUUAAAUAAGAUCGUGAAAGGUCGAUUGAACGUUGAAGAUGUAGUGAGGAGACACAGGAGGAUACGAAGAAGCGUCACGAAGAAAGACAGCGUUGAACAUGUAACUAAAAUUAUGGAGAGCAUCGAAGAGGAGCUGGACGACCUAAAGGCAACUCAGGCUAGACGAGCAGAGACGAGAAAAACGUUGCCAUCGAAAUGUUCGGUUCUACCACAAGGAGGAGUGAACUGUUCGGAAACCGUGUACCACGAUCCGAACGAGUGGCGAAUUUCGAGAAGAGAAAUCGAGCAGCAGAUCAAGGAGAUGAGGAUUCAAUUAGAAACUUUAAAAGAUAUUCGUCGUCACCUGAUGACCAAACGACCUCAAACAAUGCGAGACGCGGACGAUGGACUUCAUAACGCGGAAGAACCUCACAAAUCUCAUCACCACACUUCGAAAAAUCAUACGAAUCGUCAUCAUAAAAAAUAUGAUCGCCCCAGCGUCGAUGCUGCGACGAGUACUGUUAGUUCCACCGGGAAACAGAAUCAGAUUACGGACGAUGAUACCGCGUAUACAGAUAUAACAGAGAAACCUAAAUUUGCGUUUACGGAGAAUCUUAAUACCGAUACGAUGACCGUAACCGAACCGACCGUGACCGUCUCAUCUACGACGUUAAAACAGAAGAAGUUUCCUCGUCGUCAGAAGGUAAAGGAAUCUACUACCGUUAACAAUAGGACAGCAAUUGACGAUGACAGACCUCAGAGACGUAAGAAGGUUCAUCAUCAUCAUCGAAGGAACAAUACCUUGUUCACGAACAGCGUACACGACGAGGUACCGACCAUAAGCGUUGGCGAAACGGUCGAGACGACUGCGACAACGCAGAGCACGAUCACAACUCAGAAAUCUCAACAUCAUCGUACGAAAUAUACGACUUUUCCUGUUACGACGAUGAGGGAGACCACGUUUCAAAGGGAGACUGGUGCUAGUUUAGGAACGACGAACGAUUUCGUCGAAGAAAAUGAGAGUACAGUGGGAAUGGGAAUAGAAACGCGAACGGUAGAAUCGACGGUGGUGUCGGAAACGCCUAGUUUCGCCGAGUCAACGGAUACGCAAAAGACGACGCCUGUAUUUUCUACGACCACCGAAACUCGUUCCAGGACUGUGUUCCUGCCGACGACUGCGACCACAGCAACUCCUAUGACCACGGUCACAGCGACGUCGAAUAAAAAAUUUUCAAAGGUCCAGAAGAAUAGGACGGCGGGGAACGGGCUUGGACUUUCCAGAAUCGACGUUACCAUUUUGGAAUCCCCCGACAGGAGGCACAAACAAGAUGCGUUGGAGACGGGAAAUGGUAAUCGCCGGUUACCCCCGAUGUUGAAUAAUCCAUUGGAGGCACGUCAUAAAUGUUAUUGCGAACCCGAUACCUACGCGAAGAAGGAUGAGAAGGAGAUCGCGCGAGAAGAGAGAAGGAGACUGAAAGAAGAACGUUUAAAGAAGAAGGAGAGGAAGCUGAGAAAAAAGGCGAAGCUCGAGAAGGAAUGUUUGACCGAGAAAAUGAACUGCUUCGAACACGACAAUGAUCACUGGCGUACUGCUCCUCUAUGGAGCGCGGGUCCAUUCUGCUUUUGCAUGAACGCCAACAAUAAUACGUAUUCGUGCAUUCGUACCAUCAACGCGACCCACAAUUUCCUUUAUUGCGAGUUUACCACCGGUUUAGUCACUUACUACAAUCUGAGGAUUGAUCCGUUCGAACAAUGGAACAGAAUUUCAUCUUUGACACCCGCGGAACGAUCCUACCUCCACGACCAAUUGGAGCAUUUGAAGGGUUGCAAAGGCACGAGGGAUUGCACGGUUGGAAGCGCGAGGGAGGCUUUGCCACAGCCGCAGCAACAUCAGAGGUUUAUUUCAAAGAGGAAAUACGCGAACACGUUCGAAGACAUGUUCGUACCCUCGACGUUACAAAUCAUUCGCGAAAGCGAGCUUAACAGCCCGCCGAAUAAAAGACGAAAAAAGUUACAAAAUGGUUGGAACAGGCGAAGCAGGAGCUGGCAAAGUAGUUGGAGAUAUCAUCAAGACGCUGCCAAUUAUAGACGGCAUAGACAUCAGUAUUGAUCGUGAUUCGUUCGUUUGUUUGCGCGACAGCAUUGCCUUUUGUUAGACGUAUGUAUAUUAAUUUCGCGAUGCAUUUAAUAAUAUAAUUUAUUUAGCGAUAUUUAAUUCAGAACGGUCGCGUGAUAUUUAAUUAAAUAUGCGCUAGAUUUUUCCCAUUUAUCGAAACUCGUGUCAACGUCGACCAGUAUAGACCGUGUGUUAUACUUUUCGUGCCAAAAUUAACGACCUAUCCGUUAAUUAAUUUCUAUGUGUAUUAUAUCGCGUUUUCGCGUGCAUAAAAAACUGUGUAAACGAUCGUUUUUGUUUCGUCAUUUAGUAACCGAUAUUUUUUAUAAUAAUUUAUCUAUUCUUUAAGUCUUUUUACAUGAUGACUCGGUUAAAAACCGAUACUUGCCUAAUUUUCGAAUAAAUACGAAAAUGAUUAAUAAAAUCGAUACUAGUAGCUUUUAGAAGCGAAUAGAAGGAGGAAAAGAAUCUGAUUGUGAGAGUUCGGGCUUAGGAUUCAAACUCGGAUUCGUGAUCGCGAAUUGAAACGCACAACGAAAGAAGAGUACGCAAUAGUAAAAUCGUCCUGCCAAAAGAUCUUUUGCAUUUUCUUGCAGAAAUUUCUGUACACCUAUACCUUCCGCCACUGCCACGAAAUGUUUUACAAUCACCUUAGCCGAACAUUAUCCAUAUAUUUUAAUUAGGAGCAGGAAAGAUUGAUUUAAGCUGAUCUAAGACUGUAUAUCGUUUCUUGUCUUACUACAAUUACAGUACUUUGCUACAUCUAACGGUCUCCGUUAUAAUAAAUAAAGAAUGCUAAUGGGAGCAUAUACAUCACUGUUUUAACGAUUGCAGAAAGAUAUCAAACCGUAUAUGAUUUUCAACACGAAUUCUAUACAGUCAAAACAUUAAACAUACUCUCCUACCGUAAAAGAACUAAGUUACUGCGGACGUUAGCAUUUUAUUUUCUUUACACGCAAAUUGUCUGUGUUAUGUACUAGAGUCUCAGCUAGUGUCCUGAGAAUAUGUUCGAGGUUUUGAAAAACUAAAGCAAUGUAUUUAAAUCAUGUGAAAUAAAUAAGUACUGUCCAAAUCUUA